AUUUAGCGAAAAUGUACACUCGAGGACGGCUUGUGUUGAAGAUCGGGAUCGGAAUGCAAACUCCAAUGGCUGUCUUGUUGAAAAAAAUUUCGCCAGGAUGGCAACAGCUCAACAACUGGGCCUUUGUAACCACUCGUUAUAUUCAGAAAGGCAACUUCAAAAAGAGAAAAACCAACCUGAUGUCUAAACGUGUAUUUGAAUUUGUGACUGAAGACAUUGUUAUUGUUCCCCCUAAACCUCCAAGAGAUGUAUCCUGUACCAAGUAUAAGAAAGCUCACAAGAUGUAUGACGAGGAAGUGCCAAACCCAUAUUUUGAGUACCGGAAUAAACUCUGUCAAGAAUUCUUAGCAAGAGAUGAGAGCUUCUUGAUCUGUCACAGGAAUCCAGUCACAGCAAAAGCUGUUAAUGACUAUAGACUUAUAAUGAAAGAAAAAGGCUUCCGUCUACAGUUUGGAAUGACAAAUACUUUGUUAAGGAAGAAUAUACCUGGCACCAAGUUUGAAGCUCUAGCUCCUUACCUUGUAUCUCAUAAUGUUUUGAUCACAAGUCCUGAUGGAGCGGACUUUAGAAAGCUACCAGUAAUCCUCAGGAAAAUGCCAGAAUUUUUAUUAUUAGGAGGUUAUAUUGAUGGCAUUUUAUUAUCACGAGAAAGCAUCCUACAGUAUUCUAAAAUGCCUGACCUAGAAGUGGGACACAGUGAAAUAGCUGGUGUUUUAAGUCUAGCAGCAGGUGGAAAAACAUCAACAUUACUGAAUUCUCAUGCACAAACUCUUGGUACUAAUUUAAAGCAGUAUGAAAAACAGUUACGUGGGGAUGAUGAAAAUGACUGAUGAUUCUGUAAAUUAUUUUGUUUCUUUUUAUUAAUUAAAAGUAUUA